ACAAAAUUCCUUGAAGUCGUGUCUGUUUUACGUGGUUCUGUCCAGUCCUGUUGACCGUCGAUGAAAUUUCGGUCAUGAAUGGGGCAUUUUCCCCUUUAAAUUUCGCUUAAUUGAUUUACAUUUUAAUGUUUGAAGGGUUCAUUUUCUUAUUACAUCGCGUGAAAAAUGGCAUGGACGAGAUUAGUUCUGGGUUUGCUAGCUCUGACCCUUGUAUGCGGGGAUGAACACAAUCACAUCUAUGAAGACAACGAUGAGGUAGUGUUAUGGAUGAGUACGGUGGGUCCAUAUCACAAUAGACAAGAAACAUACUCGUAUCUUUCACUUCCAUUUUGUGCUGGGACAAAAGAGGUGAUUAGUCAUUAUCAUGAGACAUUAUCGGAGGCACUUCAAGGCAUCGAGCUUGAAUUUAGCGGGUUGGAUAUCGAAUUCAAAGCGGACAGUUCAAAAACUGAAUACUGUGAAAUUUCACUGACUGAAAAAAAUCUGAAGGCGUUUAUUUACGCCGUGAAGAAUCAGUAUUGGUACCAAAUGUACAUCGAUGAUCUACCAAUAUGGGGGGUUGUUGGCGAAGCUGAAGAGAACAAUGGUGUGGUUUCCUAUUAUAUUUGGGCGCACAAAAAAUUGGACAUUGGAUAUAACGGAAAGCAAAUUGUUGACGUCAAUUUGACUAGUGAAAACAAAGUGAAAUUAACACAGGGUGGCCGUAUCCCUCUCAGCUAUGAAGUUAACUGGAAGCAAAGUAAAGUCAAAUUUGAAGAUAGAUUCGACAAAUACCUAGAUCCCAACUUCUUCCAACACAGGAUACAUUGGUUCAGCAUUUUUAAUAGCUUUAUGAUGGUUAUUUUCCUAGUUGGUUUGGUCUCGAUGAUUUUAAUGCGUACCUUAAGAAAGGAUUAUGCUAGAUAUAGCCGGGAUGAAGAAAUGGAUGACAUGGAAAGAGAUUUGGGUGAUGAAUAUGGGUGGAAGCAAGUACAUGGAGAUGUAUUCAGACCUGCGGGUCAUCCCAUGAUUUUUUCAGCCCUUAUUGGAGCCGGAUAUCAGGUGACCGUAGUGGUUCUCAGUGUAAUAAUAUUUGCUAUCCUUGGUGAACUGUACACCGAACGUGGGUCCAUGUUAUCCACAGCAAUAUUUGUUUACGCGGCAACGUCACCAAUUAAUGGCUAUGCUGGCGGUGGUCUGUAUGCUCGGAUGGGUGGCAGAAUUUGGAUAAAGCAAAUGAUUCUGAGCGCAUUCUUGCUACCUGUAUUAGUCUGUGGAACCGCUUUUUUCAUCAAUUUUAUCGCCAUGUAUUAUCAUGCCAGCCGUGCCAUACCAUUUGGAUCGAUGGUGGCAGUGACGUGCAUUUGCAUAUUCGUCAUCCUGCCAUUAACACUGGUAGGAACUAUAUUGGGCCGCAACCUCGCUGGUACACCGGAUGCUCCAUGCAGAGUAAAUGCAGUGCCAAGGCCUAUCCCAGAAAAAAAGUGGUUCAUGGAGCCACUGGUUAUCAUUACAUUAGGUGGCAUCUUGCCAUUCGGUUCUAUAUUCAUUGAAAUGUAUUUCAUCUUCACAUCAUUUUGGGCGUAUAAAAUCUAUUACGUUUAUGGUUUCAUGUUACUGGUAUUUGUUAUACUGAUGAUUGUUACUGUGUGUGUAACCAUCGUCUGCACAUAUUUCCUACUGAAUGCCGAAGACUACCGAUGGCAAUGGACAAGCUUCUUAGCAGCUGGCUCUACUGCUGGAUACGUCUAUUUUUAUUCAUUCUAUUAUUUCUUCUUCAAAACCAAAAUGUAUGGGCUAUUCCAAACAGCAUUUUACUUUGGUUACAUGGCUCUCUUCAGUUUGGCGUUGGGUAUCAUGUGCGGCACCGUAGGGUACAUAGGUACAAAUGCCUUUGUACGCAAGAUCUACUCGACAGUGAAGAUAGAUUAAGACCAUGGAAUAUCUGAAAAUGACAGGCAAAAAGCUUGAACGCAGCAAUAGCCUUUUGAUUUUCAGAAAUUUUGCUUCUCACAUUCAGAUAAUUCUGAUUAGAUUUGCGAUCAUUGUCACGAUAAACAUCUUCAGAGGAUACUUCGGAUACGAAUAUUGUAAGAGAAACUACAAAAAUCGUAAUAAAUAAGUUAUUUUGAAAUAAUCGA